UCUGGCAGUUGUGUUUCGGGUUCAGGUCUGCUGGGUGAGGAUCAGGAACAGAAACAGAAUGAGGACUCUGGCACUGGUGCUGCUGGCUCUGGCUUUUACAUCAGCCAGUUCAAUAAAGCCGAGAAGUCAGUUCACACGUUACCGCUCAUGGAACUCACGGAUGUAUCCCGUGUGGAAAGAUGGAGACCCAAGAUUCAGAAACUGCUGGUUUGGUGGUGAAGUAACUUUUGAUCUCAAAAAUGAUGCACCCACUCUGACUGGAGCAAGAGCAACCUUCACUAUUAAUCUAAAUUUCCCACCAAAUCAGACAGUGCUCCCGGACGGGCAGGUGGUCUGGGCACGCAACUGCACCAUCAACGGACAACAGUUUCAGGAGGGUCAGGCUGUGUAUCCUGACCAGGGCACUGCACAGACGGGACUUUUCCCUGACGGCACACCGUUCACCAGGACUCAGAACAAGAAACCUCACUAUGUGUUUGUGUGGAAGACGUGGGGGCGUUAUUGGCAGGUGGCAGAUGGACCGUCAUCCUCCCUCUCCAUUGGUACAGACAAUGUCCCCCUGGGCUCCUACAACAUGGAGGUUGUCAUCUAUCACUGCCGUGGCAAAGACAAGUUCAUCCCUCUCGGCUAUGCUUCCUCGGUCUUCACCAUCACAGACCAGGUUCCCUUCACCAUAUCACUUGCCCAAGUCAAUGAUGUAAACCAGGACGACCAGAACUUCAUCCAGAACCGAGCCAUUGCUUUCAGUGUCAAGCUCCACGAUCCCAGCCAGUACCUCCAAAACGCUGACAUCAGCUUCAGCUGGGACUUUGGCGACAGCUCUGGGACUCUGUUCUCCAGAGAGCGCACUGUCACGCACACAUACCUCAGUGUCGGGUCCUUCAAACCUCAGGUGGUCCUCAUGGCAAGCAUCCCCAAUGGCUGUGGAAACCCCACUGCUGUGGUUCCUCUCGAUGCCUCUGCCGUCCCAGCAGUAGUUGUGAUAGACUCCACCGCUGCAGCUGUCCCAGCAGCACCAGCUGAGGGAGGAGAUGCAAUUGCUUUGGAUGUUCCUGCUUCUGAUGCCACUCCACUUGCUGCUUCUGUGCAGCCAGCUGACGCAGCCGCAAAUACAGAAGAUGGAGAAGCAGGCGCAGAGGCAGUAGAGGUUGCCUCAGUGGCACCUGCAGCAGUUGAUGCUGCUGUUGUUCCGGAGGAACAAGAUCCCGCCAACACUGAUGCCGCUGCUGCAGAUGAAACCGCAGUGGUGACAGAUGCAGCUGGAGAAAAUGUGCCUGUGAUUGAUGCUGCUGCUUCAGUUGCCCCUGCUGCAGAGGGAGAAGAAGUUGCAGAUGAAGCUGCUGCAGGUAUCACUGUUGCUCCUGUGGCAGAAGAAGCUGUAGAGCAAGAAGCUGAUGUUGUGACUACUGAUGCUGCUGAUGCUGCUGUCGUUGAUGCUGCUGCUGCUGAUGCCGCUGCUGCUGAUGCUGCUGUCGUUGAUGGUGCAGCUGCUGAUGCCGCUGCUGCUGAUGCCGCUGUCGUUGAUGCUGCAGCUGCUGAUGCCGCUGCUGCUGAUGCCGCUGUCGUUGAUGCUGCAGCUGCUGAUGCCGCAGCUGCUGAUGCCGCUGUCGUUGAUGCCACUGCUGCUGAUGCUGCUGUCGUUGAUGCCGCUGCUGCUGAUGCUGCUGUCGUUGAUGCCGCUGCUGUUGAUGCUGCAGCUGCUGAUGCCACUGCAGAAGUUGUGCAAGCUGAAACAGAAGCCCCUGCUGAUAACGCUGUCGCCCCUGCUGCCACUGAAAUCGCAGCUGUAGAAGAGGCAGCACCAGUUGACGCUGUAGCUGAUACUGAGGCUGAAGUACUGGAAACUGAGAAUGAAGUUGCAGCUACUGCAGCUGCUGCAGCAGGUGAAGAAGAGGCUGCUCCAGCUGAAGGUGAAGUUCAAGUUGAAGUGGAAACAGAUCCAGCACAAGUUGCCCUUGUUGUGGCUAAAAGACAAGCACCUGAGCUGACAGCUGAUUGCAUGGUCUACCGUUAUGGCUCCCUCUCCACCUCUGUAGAUGUUGUCCAGGGUAUUGAAAGUGUGGAGAUUGUACAGAUGUCCAGUGUUGUGUCAAUGUCUACUGAGUUGGAUCAAAAUGCUGUGGACCUCACCAUUACCUGUCAGGGAAGUCUACCAAGUGAGGUCUGCACAGUCAUUUCAGAUGCUGACUGUAUCACACCAGUAGAAACUGUGUGUAAUGCAGCCACACCCUCUCCGGACUGUCAGAUGAUCCUUCGCCAGUUUUUCAAUGACUCCGGAGUAUUUUGCAUCAAUGUCUCUUUGACCAAUGAUGUCAGUCUUGCUGUGGCGAGUGCAAGAGUCAGUGUAACAGUAGCCUCUGGAGGAUCCCCAGCUGGGACUGCCGCCACAGUCCUGGGUGUCAUGGUUCUCGCCUGUGUCGUGUGUUGCAUUGGUUUGAUGUACAGACGGUUCAAGCAAUACCAGCCGCUGAGAGAAGACCAUGCUGUGAGUAACGGAGGCAGCUCAGGGGUAACAUCAGUGCCUUUGUUGUUGUGGAACUUGCUGAGCCGACAGUCACCCGGAGAAAGUCGCCCGCUGCUUCAGGGGAGGAUUGUGUGAAUAUCAUCAGCAAAUCAUGCACUAAAUAUCCACACCAUCCACUAACAUGUCGGCUUUAUACACAUAAUACUCUGUCUGUAAUAAAGUUUUAACUCCCAGUCAAUGUAUUAAACCAGAAGUGAACCAAGUUAAGUGAACCAGCCCCUCGUACAACAACAUUUGUAAGAAUAGAAAGAAUAGAGAGGAGUCGGGUGUGUAAUAAAAAUGUUGACAUAUUUUUAGAGGAAAACUAUAUUUAUAUUGACCUAUAGUAUUUUUUGGCACUGAUAGUUUAUAGAAGCCAUAACUUAUUCUCUUAUUUGUGGCCUACUUAUACUAAACCAAUUGGAAAAUCAAUGUUAACACAUUUCUGUUCAAUUUCAUGUAAUUUAAUUCUCGUACACCACAGAACAUUAUCAUGUUUGAUA